AAACUGGAUAACAAGCUCGACAUUUCUCCUCACGUUCAAAGCCUUAACAUGAGGGGUCUUAUGCAUAUGAUAUGGAAAGCAGUACAUGAUUUCCAUAUAAAUAUAGCAGUUGCUGCUGCUCGCGACUAACAUCUCACGAGAAUGUCCAAAUUAAGAUAUGCGGAUGUAGUGUGUUCGGCUGGUAGUUUACCAAUUUCGAAGAUUAAGAUAGCUGUAGAAUGUUGUAUUUCGCAUACGAUAUCAAGUAAAAAUGGGCAACAGUACUGAUUUUGCGCUAGAGAUCUGAUAGUCGUCUACGCAAGCCAUAACCAAUUGUAAGGGUUAUCACUCUACUUCUAGGCAACGGUGAUUUUGAGAAAUCGUGAAGUGACUGAAUCACCGAAAUUUUUGAAAUGGAAAUGCGAUGAUGCAUUUUUACUUGCUUUUGUUUUCAUUAUAAUUUUUUGGGGUACUGUUUUCUUGUCUUUUGUGUCAUUGUUUUGGAAAAUAUCGGAGAGAUUGUAUAAGCAUGUAACGAGUUUUAUUUUUUUUUUUUUUGGUCAUAUGAACGAAGGAAGAUUCCGAGUCAAUUAUCGAUGAACAGAGCCGGCAUUGGAUAAGAAGGGAACAAAAGAGAGCUUUAGCUUAGUUUUGUGAGUAGUAUUCUGUUCAUUGUCGAAAAAAAACAAAUACGUCAAUAAGUAAACGACUAAACAAAAAAAAAAAAGAAAAAAAAAAGAAAGAAAAAGCAUUAGAAUCAAAGCCAAGAAUCAAGAUGACAUCGAGGAUGAUUAAGAAUUCGCUUGUUAUGUAUUUUCCGUCAGCAAGCCUAGCCUGGAUAGGCUGUAGCUCGGGGAGUUGUCGUCACAUAGUCAUUAUUGUCGAACGUAAGGGAAUGUCAGGUCUUUUGUCCUUUGCAUAUCCCUAGCAAGGUAUACCAAUAGGUUUUAUUUUGCUUUUCAUUAUGAGUUUGACUCCUCGUAUUGCUGCUCUUGUUUCGCGUCCUCAAAACGCCUGGAAUUUACUAGCGGAAAGUACGAAACUUCAAAGGACGUUUCAAUUCAAAAAUUUCAUUGAGGCUUUUGGCUUCAUGACCUGUGUGGCCUUGCGAGCUCAACAAAUGAACCACCACCCAGAAUGGAGCAAUGUAUUCAACAAGGUAGAUAUUACACUGACCACACACACGACAAAAGGCUUGACAGAAAAGGAUAUCAAAUUGGCAGAGUUCAUUGACACUGUCUGCACAAAACACUAGUUUUGCUUGUCCUGUCACGUCUUAUGGGAUCGUCAGUUAUGCAUAUUAAUUCAUUAUGAUAGAGAAGUGCCUAGAAGUUGAGGAGCACAGCUUUCAUAAACUUUUAAUGUAAAGAAUGAAAUUUAUCAUAAAAUAAAAUUUCUAAA